UUAUGGGUUUGUGCAUUGGGCAUGGCAAAGCAAGUAAAGUCCACACUGGUAAUAUUCCUAACAUCAUUGCUGGUGCUACUGGCAUCUGCCUCAGCAUCGCAAAAAUGCAGAACAGGAUGUCAAGGACGACCCUCUGUCUUCCAAGUGAAUUAUGGGACCGGGCAUACAUAUGUAUAUAAUUUUGAGGGGAACACUCUUGCGACACUACCAGGACAACGAGGAGAUGGAACCAAGCUUCAGCUCAAAGCAACAGCAGAAGUCAGCAUCUUAGACAACUGUCAAGGUGUCCUAAAGCUGAAAGAUGUCCAAGUCACUGGACCUGACUCACAGAAAUACAGUCAUCUUGAUGACCUGGAAGCCCAUCCAGUAUCAUUUGGCUUUGAAAAUGGCAUCGUGGACAGGGAAUUAUGUACGGAAGAAAAGGACAGUGAAGCUUCAGUCAACAUCAAAAGGGCAGUGCUGUCUCUUUUACAAGUGACUCCAGCAGAAACAACAAAAUCACGUAAGAGCAAAGUGCUUGAUGUGUUUGGCCUCUGCCCUACUGACUUCAGUGUUAGUGAACGUGGUGACACAACAACCAUUACAAAAACUAGGAAUCUCAAUGAAUGUCAACUUCGUGAGCAUCUGCGUCAGGACUUUGCUUCUGUAACAUACAGUGUUGAUUCAGGUUUGCAGACAGCUCCUCUACUAGAGUCCACACAAGAACUCCAGCAGAAACUCAAGGAUGGUGUUUUAAACAGUGCUGAGAGUCAUGAAACGUACCUGUAUAGGCCAUUCUCAAAUCAGGAAGCUGGUGCCAAGACUACAGUUGACAGCAAGUUGACACUUGUUGUUAGCAAGAGGCAAGCAGCACCUGCAACAUCUGGAAGUACUCCUCGCUCACUUGUAUUUGAACCACCACAUUUUGGCAACACGGGAUCCAGCAAUGCUGCAGCUAUUGUUGAGGCUCUGCACAAAGCACACCAUGCCAUGCCAGACCAUGUUGGAGAAACGGCAGCAAGGGAGUUUGCCAAUGUUGUCACCAUCCUCAGGCAGAGCAAUAAGGAUGACCUCCUUUCAGUCUACAGCCAGGUGAAGGCAGGCGCUGGUUUCAAGGCAGGAACAAAAAUGUUCCUGGAUGCUUUGUUCCGAGCUGGCACUGGUGAUGCAAUUGAAGUUGGUGUUGAACUGCUGAAGAACAAGAAAAUCCCUCAACCAUAUGCUGAUUUAUACUACCUUCAAUUUGGGUCCGCAAAACAUGCAACAUUACCUUCCCUCACAGCAGCUGUGUCUUUGCUGGAUGAGCCAGAAUUUUCCAAGUUGGCAUACUUGGGUGUUGGAGCUCUAGGUGGCCGAUAUUGUGCUCAACACAGUUGUGAAGGGGUCCCUGAGUUUGAUGCAUUUUUAGAGAAGUUGUCAAAGCCUGUGAGUGGUGGCUGCAAGUCUUCUAGCUGGGAUGAAGAACUCAAGGUGCUGGCUUCUUUGAAAGCCCUUCACAAUGUUCACCAUUUGAAUGAUGCCACAGCCAACAAACUACGUGCCUGUGCUCUUGAUGUCAGUCUUCCAACCCGAGUCAGAGUGGCAGUCUUGGAUGUCUUUCAAAGUGAUGCCUGCCGACUGAAGCAGACUUCUCUGGAAGUUCUGAAGAACCGUCAACUGGAUAGUGAACUGAGGAUCAAAGCCUUUCUUGCACUUGUAGAAUGUCCAUGCCACAAGAUGGCCAAUGCAUUGAAGGAGGUUUUGGAAUCAGAACCAACCUAUCAAGUUGGAUCUUUCAUUGUGUCAUACCUUCGCAAACUUCGGGCAUCAACAAACCCUGGCAAAGAACAUAUAAAGGCUGUCUAUGGUGAAGUUCGUACCAAUAAGAGGUUUCCUGUAGAUUUCCGAAAGUUCUCCCAUAAUUUUGAGUUUUCAUAUCUUCUGGAUGGGCCCAAUAUUGGUUCCACAGUUGAAUCAAAUAUCAUCUAUUCUCAGAGAUCUUUCCUUCCACGUGCAUCAACUCUUAAUAUUACAACAGUAUUGUUUGGACGUCUUACAAAUAUUUUUGAGAUGGAAUUCCGACAAGAAAAUAUUGACCUUAUUGCUGAGAGGUUGUUAGGACCCAAAGGUUAUUUUAAUACUCAUGAUUUACGUGAUGUGAUAAGAGAUGGCAAAGAGAAAUGGACUGAUCUCGAGAACAGUGUAAAACAAAGGCUGAAUCAAGCCAUUAGAGGCAAACGAUCAGUCACCAAGGAGGCACUGGAAGAAGUUCGACAUAAGUCUCUAACACCAUAUCAUGCAGAGCCUGAUCAGGAACUACUCUUAGAAUUAUCAGCAAGGCUGUUUGGUGCAGAGGUUGGCUGGUUCACCUUCCAUCAUAAUGCCAGAGAUGCAGCAAAAGAACUUUUUGACAACACCUUUGAUCUUGUGGAUAAGGUUGUGAAGAAGGCAAAGGACUUUGAUUACAAGUUGAAGCAACACAACACUUUCUUGGAUACACAACUUGUGUACCCAACAUCACUUGGACUCCCUCUGAAGCUGGUUAUUGGUGGCAAUAGCGCCAUUCAUGUAGAACUAGAGGGCAAACUGGAUGCAAAUGAGUUAAUUAACAACUUCAGAAAUUCCCAUGUUCAACUUAAAUUUGUUCCAAGUGCUGCUGUGGAACUUGUGGGUGAAUUUGUUGUAGACGCUUAUGCUGUUGAGGCAGGUCUGAAGGUAGCCGCCACUCUACACACAGCUACUGGAGCAGAUAUCAAUGUAAAGGCCACUGAUGGACUUGGACUUGAUGUCACAUUUGGCUUACCAAUCAAAAAGCAGGAUGUGAUUUCGCUGAAGUCAGAAGUGCUGACAACUGUUCAUGAACGUGGUAAAUCUGAGGUGGAUACUGCUGUUACCUUUACAAAUACACCAAGGAGGGACUACCAUGGAUGUUUUGACCAACUGUCUCCUCUCAUUGGUCUAACAUUCUGUGGAACAAUGAGCUUCCCUUGGGAUCCAGUAGCAACAAAGGCUGCAUUUUACCCUCUCAAUGGCCCCAGCAAACUCUCUUUAACAAUUGAGAAUGAAGACGUCACUAGCUAUCACUUCCGUGCUUCUUACAAUAACAAAGAUCCACACAAGAAAUCCCUGGAACUGCUGUUAGAAACACCCAACUCGAAAACAGACCGAAAACUUGGCCUGAGUCUGGAACAUGUAUCACAACCAUUCCUGGGAAUUAAGGCACAGUUGAACUCACCAUGGAAACAUCUGACUGGUGAAUUGGCUUUCACUGACUCAGAUAAAGAACUUUCACUCUUGGCUAAGCUGCUGAAUGAUGCUGAUGAAUAUUCUGUAAAACUGGGAGCAUCUGUGACUGGUGAUCCAAGUCACGCCACUUACCACCCUCUGCUGGAGUAUAAGAUACCAAAACAAAGGGGCAGCCUUGUUGAACUAAAAGGUGCAAAGGGACGGCCGGAGAAACUCACACAAGAUUAUAGUGUUGAUGGCUCUGUAACUGUGGACAAAUAAUGAAUUUCAAGGAAGUACACUUUCAAUAACGUGGUCUUCAAAUUUCCUGCUGCUCGGUUCAAAUUAGAUGGUACUCUUAGUGCAGAAACAGGCACUUCCUUCGACACUGACCUUAAGGUAACAUAUGAUCAACAAUAUGUGAUUCUGAAGUCAGGCUUCAAGAGACGGUCACCCUCAAGCUUUCAUGCAAACCUUCUGCUUCAUCCAUCACAGUAUCCAGAUUUUGGAGUCAACCUCAUCUGGGACUACAAGAGAGAUAGAAACAAUCUGGAAAAUUCCUUGGUUGUGGUCCACGGAAUAGAUGCUGAGAGUGAUAAAGCACGUGUUACACUCCACCAGCAGGCCCACUACCAUUAUGACCAUAUUGACAGUUUUGAAUUCUCUACCAAGAAUGAAGUUACUUAUCCUUUACUUGGUAUUGUUGGGAAGUUUGAUGGUGUAGCAACUCGCAAGAGCCUUCAUAUUGAUAUUGAAGCGAGUUAUGAGAAACACAAGUUUGAGUCUGAGCUGACUGCAAAGACAGGGAUCCAUAAAGCAGGCGACUAUGAAGUGGAAUUUGAGGCCAAGGUUCUUGAUAGCAGCAUAGAAUUUGUAACAAAGCGUGAAGUUACAUCUCCUGAUAAGUCCAAGUUCAUUACUAAUUUAGAGGUGAAGCCUGGUGGAAAAUAUGAGUUGGUAGCAGAUACAACCCACCACUUUGAAAGGGGCGACAUCGAUUUCCAAGUUGAUGCUCUAAUCAAGGUCCAUGGGCAGCCUAAUGAUUACAAACUUGAUUCUGGGCUGGUUCUCAAUCAGCAGCUGUUUGAUACACAUUACAAGGCUUCAGUUGGCAACACUGAUUAUGUUGACAUCAGCGCAAAGUACAACAGGGCUAGUGGAAAUCCAUCUGGCAAUGCCAAGGUGCUCCUGAAGGACUAUUUGAUUGGAAAUGCCCAGUUCAAGUAUUCUGCUGGUAAAGGUAGUGCUAACAUUAAUUUAGAUAUACCAAAAAUAGAUCGGAAGAUCAAGGGCACCGGAGACCUCCAGAUUUCAGGCUCUCAACAUGUUGCUACUGUCGAUAUCUACUACAAUGCAGACAGGAACCAAAACCAAAAGAUACAUUUCCAUACUGAUUCUGACCUCAAGAAAAAUGUUAUCAGUUCUAAGAACACACUUGUUGUUUUGGAUUGGAAGACACUCUUCAAUAUUAAGGGGCAACUAACAGAUAAGCUUGACAAUGGACAGCUUAAAGGAGAAUUUGACCUGACUCUUCCAACGGGCCAUCACUUCACUGGAAAGUUGGAUCGAACCCUCCAUGUGAGGCCUUCUAACAGUGAAGGUGAUGUGAAGCUCGAACUGACAGCACAAAAGUCAGCUUCCAGUGAGCCUGCUAAAGUUACCUUCGAAUUUGCUGCCAAGAACGUUGAUGCCAAACAAUACUCAUUUGAUGGACAAUCUAAACUUGCUUAUCAUUCACCAAGUGGCAAAGAUGUGUCUAUUAUGGUAGCUGCCAAGAACAUUCCACAACGAGAACAGAGAAUAAUUGAAGCACAGGGAGCACUGCAAGGUUCACUGAUUGGUGAGCCUGUGCGUGUGGAAUUCAACUCAGAAAUAUAUGAGCCAUAUUUCACUUACAAAGGACAUGGUAGCUAUGGUACUGGGACCAUAGUGGAUCUAUCUGGGAAAAUAAGCAAAACUCUGAAACGUCAUGAGAACUCCUAUAAAGGACCCUUUUCUGUGGACUCCAACAUUGAGGUGAAGUUGCCAUUAGAAAAAUUCAAGCACAUUAAGCACGCUAUUAAUUGUAAUGGAGAAAUUGAAGAGAAGAAAUUGCAGCUAAAUUUUGAGGAACUAUUGGAAUGGAAUGAUGAGCCUUAUAAAUGUCUUAUAGAAAUAAACAGUGAGGCUGAAAAAGGAAGUACCAAAAUGAUUCUGACUCUUCCCAACAGAAAGUUAGAGACAUAUACUAGUAACUGGUAUUUCAACAUCAAUGACUUCAAGACGAAAGACCUACUAAAAGCUGGAUUUUCAUUGGCUGCCAGCUCAGGUUCUAAGCUCUCAGUUGAUGUGGAUGGUAAAAAGGAUUUGACUGACUUAAACCUUCAUGCUGCCCUACAAACACAACAUGAAAAACUGAAGAAUGUAGAACUGUCCUUGAAGAACAAGUAUGUUCAGGCACCAAAGUUUGAAGUGGAUACUGAUCUCCUCCUAAUUGUGGAUGAUAAGAAAACGACAGUUGUUAGUAAAUUGACACCUGGCAUUGUUCCUGGUCUCCCUAAUAUUGACUUCACUGCCACAUAUCCCCAGGGCAAAAGCCGUGUUUUCCUAUUUUUACAGUCAAAGAGCAAAAAUGAUGUAUCAGGCAAAGCUGAAUUAGAGUGGCCUACAAACGGAGGUGGAAAAUUGACAGCCAGUGGAAAAGCCAACUAUGAAUCUGCGCAGAACUUCAGGAUAGAAGUGGAUAUUGACUCAGCUGCACUAAAAUUGAACAAAUGGAAUAUACUGUUAGCCAACAAACCUGCCAAGUCUGCCAAAACUCUGCAGAUUGUAGUAAAAGAAGAUAAUGCACCCAUCAUAAAUGGCAGGCUGGAUUAUCGUGUGGAAGACAAAGAAAACUCUUACAAGGCUGGAGUCAGUGGCACAGUUAAGGUGAAGGAAACAUCUCAACCAUUGAAGGCUGAAGUGUCAUUCAACAAGUUCACACUACCUGAAAAUGGAGAACUUGGUGCUGAAGCAUCACUUGUAUUCAGCCUGGGACAAAAAUCUUUUAUAGCAUCAAGCAAAUACACCAACAAAGAGUCACGAGCCGGUGUCACUUACUGCUACAAAACAGGCACAUGCUCUGUUGCUGAAGCUCAUUCCAUCUUCAAAUCUGUUGAUUUAACACAUCUAGAACAUAAUUUUGGAGCAAAGAUUGAUCUUAAAGCAAGUGGAAUUGCAGAAGGUUUUGUCCUGGAAGGCAAGACUUUGAGAUUACCAUUGUCAUUUGAUCAUGAAGUUGAACUGAAACUGCUCAAUGAAAAACACACAACAUAUAAGUUGCAUUCAUAUCUCAACGAGAAAUCUGUUGGUGUUGUGGUCACCCUGCCACAGCGAGUAAUUGCAGCUGAAGGCAAUUUAAAGUACAUAAAGGAGGAAGGUGAACGCAAACUUGACCUUAGCAUCUGGUUGGACAAGCAGAAGCAGCCAAACAACAAGGCUAGUGUUCAUCUCCUUUCAGCAGUUAAUCCAACUAAAGAUGGCACCAUUAUCAAAGGGGAAGUGAAAAUUUCACAUCCAGCUCUUCAAAAGGAUUUUGCAGUAACUAGCAAAGCUACUCUGUUGAACCAUGACAUCCUUCUAGAUGCUACAGUUGAUUUUGAUGUGUUUUCUAAGAAGAAUCAGAAAGUAAUUCUUACUGCCAAGCUUGUGAGGAACCAAGUUUCAAAUGGCUUUAAUGUCACAGGCUUCAUAAGUACAAAAGGAAAGAUUGUUGACAUCACUCUUGAGGGGGGAGCUGAAGUUUCAACAAAUGGAAUUGGUUACAACUCAGUCCUCACAUAUAAGGAUGUGCAGCAGAAAAUAAAAGAAGCUCAAGUCCUGUUUCAGCUCACUUUUACUAAUCCCCUUGUUUAUGUGAAAUCUCCUACAUCUGACAUCUUGAAGAUUGAGCAACAAGUUGCAUCAUUACCUAAUGGUCAGAAAUCUAUUAAAGAAGAAGUGUUUGUUCUUGGACUCCAGCCUCUUGAAAUUGAUGGAGUAAUUAAUUUUCCAUUAAGCAGCAAACAUACAGUUUUCAAGAAAAGUACGCCUGACAAGAAGCUGGAGAUAGAUUUUCUGCAUGAUAUAUUGACUGGAUUCAGUGUUCGUGUAACUUCAAUAGCUGGUGGUUCAAAGAAAGAUGUCAUAUAUAUUGGUUUGGAUCUCACAGAUAACAACUUCCUUAAAACACAUUUCACAUGGUCAACAGAUGAACUGAAGCGUUUGGUGGAACUUGCAAAAGAUGACACUGAGGCUUUCCUAAAGAAGCUGAAAGUUGUGUCCCACGAUUUAGGUGAAGAAGUAACACGCGAACUUCAAGAUGUUUUGGAAUCAGUGAAGAAGAUUCAACCUGAUUGGAAGGCAGUUAUCUCUUCUUAUCAAAAUCAACUGAAAACCCUGAGAGAGGAACUUGAGAAUGAUGAAGGGUUCACUGGAGCAUCUGAAAAUUUGAGCAAGUUUAUUAAUGCAGUCACAAAGGCAGUGGUAGUAGUUACUAAGGGAAUUGCUGAGAUGGUAGACCGUUCCUUUGAAGAUGUGAACAAAUUGACGAUUUUACUUCAAGAGUCAUUCAGCAAGCUUCUUCCAAAGGUGAAGGAAUUCUAUAUUAAAGUAAUAAAUCUGUCGAGCGCAGUGAGUAGUGCUGUGGUAGAAACUGGUUCAGAAGUCCUACUGAAGUUGGCUGAUUUUGUUAAGGAACAUGAAGAUGAAAUCAAGAAGAUAGUCAGGGUGCUCCAAGAAUUUGUUGAAGAUACUGGCAAAAUUGUUGGCAAGACAGUUGUCCAGAUCCGAAAUGAGGUGCUAGACUUUGUGCGUGUUCUGGUAGACCAAGUGAAGGCUCUUCCAGUCUAUGGAAAUAUCAAGGAACAGUACAAGCAUUUUGUAAGUCAGUUAUCACAACACUUGCUACCAGAACAGGCAUGGGCAGUAAUCAAGGAUUUUGUUGGUGGUGUGAAAGAUUCUCUUCCAACUGAAGAACUGAGGGAAUUAAUUGGUGCUGUUGAGGCUUAUGUUUCAAAGCAUGUGAACAAGGAAACAGUGAAUGAUGUUGAAGAACUGCAACUUAUUUUGAAUAAAGCCCUCAAGGCCCUGAAAUCACUCCUGACCAUUGUAUACAAGCAAGUCCCUGCUCCAGAAGCAGUAGAAGGCUCAAGCUUCCUAGGACUUAGGCUACCAUUUGCACUGAAAGCAGUGUUUGAAUUUCCAAAGUUGGUAGCAUUCAAGUUUAGUCCAUUCCUGUUCGUAACAUCUGGUGGGCUCAGUGAACUUCCAACACUACAGGAAUUCAUUCACACUCUCAGGCCAACAGUCAACCCUCUGGAGUGGAUACCACCAUACAGAGCUCAAGGUAUACUGAUUGACUUAUAUCACUUCAUCACCCUGGAUGGACGUCACUUCACAUUCAAGGGAACCUGUGCUUAUGUUCUGCUGCAAGAUAUUGUUGAUGGAAAUUUCUCCAUUGCAGUAGACUAUGCCUCAAAGUCCUUGGUUGUUAGUGACCAACAUGAGAGUGUAGAAUUUUUCAGUGACCAGACAUUCAAAGCCAAUGGACAACCUGCAGAAUUCCCAUUAAUAUCUGGUAACUUCAAAGUAUGGAAAGACUUUGGAAGUGUUAAUCUGAAACAUGAUGCUGGUCUUUUCAUCAGCUGUAAGCAAGACCACAACUUCUGUUUCUUUGCUGUGUCUGGCUACUAUUUUGGCAAGACCCGUGGCUUGCUGGGAACUCUUGAUUAUGAGCCUUGGGAUGACUUCAAACUGCCAAAUGGACAGGUAGUGUCAAAAGUGAAUGACUUUGGUAACAGCUGGAAAGUUAACCCAUCUUGUGGAGAUGUUAGUGGAGUAACUCAUCAUGAUCAUGACAUGCCAGAACCACCAGAAUGUACCCACGUAUUUGGAGGUUCCACACCUUUGAGGUUGGGAUACUUCUUUGUUCCAUCUGCACCUUUCCGUGAAGCUUGUUCACAUAUUGUUGCUGAUGCAGCCACACCUGAAGCAAAGAAAGCAGCUGCUUGCUCAACUGCUGCUGCAUAUGUAACUCUUGUUCACAGUCGGCUUAUUUUUGUGUCUCUGCCAUCAGAUUGUGUCCACUGCCCAGUAGUAAGCGGUCCCCCAGUUGAAGUAGGUGAUUCAGUCAGUGUGAAAGUACCACAAAAGGCGGCUGAUAUUGUGAUUGUUGUAGAGCAAGAUAUAAGGAACAGUGAAAUAUUCAAGGAACUCGUUACACCACUUGUUACAACGCUCACCAAUGAUCUCAAGGCAAAAGGAAUAACUGAUGUACACUUUACACUCAUUGGUUUUGGUGAUGCUACACUCUCUCACCCUGCAGUGUACACAGCUGGUGGAAAGAUCAACUUCGAAGGAAAGACAAAGAAUAUCAAGUUCACUGAACAUGCCGAUGUAUUUAGUCUGAAGCUGGAUAACUUUGAGAACAAGGUGAAGUACUUGAAGGAAUUUAUUGUAUCUGAGCUUGGUCUUGGAGCUCCUUCCCGUGCUUACCAGUUCGCAUCAGGAUAUCCAUUUAAAAUUGGAACUUCUAAGGUGCUUGUGGGAGUUGUGUCAUCAAUCAAGACCAGUGCAUUUAGUGUCUCGAUUCAGCAGCUGUCAGCCCUGUACUCAACAAAGGUUUUACGUGAUCGUGGCGUAGCAUUCCAUGUUGUAUUGCCUGUAGAUGAUCUGCAGUUAACAAAUAAGGAUGCCAAAACUGUCAAACAGAUUGUAGGCUUCGAUUCUCAUCAUGUAUACUUGCUAAGUGAUGCAAAGAAGAAGGUCUUGGAAGGCAGCACGGAACUACAUAAUGCCCUUACAUACCAUAACAAUAUUUGGAUCCCCAUUGCUCUUGAUAGUUAUGGUGCGGCAUAUGUCGCUCAAAAUUUCUUAGAUGCAAAAGCAUCAGCUAGGAAGCAGUUCUUGCAGGUAUUCUCACAUCGUAUUGCUGAGUCACUGGAAACAGAGCUGAAUGAGGACUGCACAUGCAAUUUGGUGUCUGGAUUAUAUCCCUUUUCUGUUUGCAAGGUCACUAAUCGUAAAGAGAGGGAACCAUUGUCUCAAAUCAGGGCAUCAAAGGGCGGUGUAAAGGGAUGAAAUAGAAACCACUGUAGAAGUCAAUAACAACAAGCAGAAAAUGGGAGAAACUGAAAAAAAAUAUGCUGAACUAUUUGUAUGAUAAUUUUUACUUUUUAAGUUAUAAAUAUGAUUGUAGUAAAUUCAUGAGAAAUCAUGAUUAUUGAUUAUGUUAAGUAUUACUUCUAAUUUGCAUGUUAUCAUGUAUAAAAUGCUGGAGAAAUUAUUAUUAUCUAUUAAAUCAUUUGUCUAACAGUGUAAAAGAACUAUUUUAUUAACAUAGGAAUGGGAGAAUUUAUUACCAUCUCUUGGUAAUACUGACAAAUGCUAGUCAGAAUCAGUCAAGAAUUUAGAAAGGCAAUAUUAUAUAGAAUGGCGUAAAUAUAACUUUGAUACACUGUCAUCAAUUUGUAUUAUUUAAAUUACACAUAUACCAAUCAAUGCAAAUUCUAAGCUUUCUUUCUUGUAACAUGAAUUAUGCGUACGACUCAAUCUUUGUAGUAAUAUUUUAUACUGAUAUAAAUCAUGGUUAUUAGAUUGGGAUGUAAAUAAAUGGAAAGGCAUACUUCCAUCACCAACAACAGAACUAUCAGUAUAAUUUAUUCAUUGGUGUUUCUGAAAUAGUAUAAAAUCCAUUUCACAAUUAGGUCUGUAGAUAAAAUCCCAAGACCAUGUUACCCGUUGUGAUUAUAUGAUUUUCCUCAAUUUCUCUCAGCAGUUGCUGUAAAUAUAUAAAACCAUACAUGCUUGAUAUUUCAUAGACCUCUGUGGAUGAGACAUGCAGUCUCAGAUUACCAGGUAGAUUUAUUGUUAAUGUUAUGCAGAUAUUUACUACAAUUAAAAAAUGAAGAAUUUGGCACUGUG